AUGAAAGCCCUCCACGUCUUUGUUGCUCUCACGCUUCUGGCUUGUGAUGCUCUCGCAUCCCAGCACAACGUUGCACGCCACCAUUCUCGCCAGACUACCGGUCUGGCGCGAAGAGCCAACCGCAGGAACUCUUGCAAGGCUCCAGUCUCUUCAAAGACCCCCACCACUUCUACGCAGCCCCCAGCUAGCACCCCGAAGCAGUCGAACGGCAAUCAGUCGAACGGCAACCAGUCGAACGGCAACCAGUCGAACGGCAACCAGUCGAACGACAACAAGAACAACGGGAACGGUAAUAACAACAACAAUAACGACAACAAGUCGAGCAAUCCCGUGAAGAGUGUCCAGGCCGCCGCUGGCUUCACUCCCAAUGGCAAGAAGGCCGGCACGUCUUCUGGCAAUGCCCUUUCCACCCUCGACUCGCAUAUUGGCUGGUGGUACGAUUGGUCCCCUAACCCAAGCAAGCAGGGCCAGGCCAUGCCAGUUCCCAUGCUUUGGGGUGGUGGAAACGCGGACGGCACCGACGCUUCCCGUUUGGCCAAGUUCAAGACCAUCUCACAGGCGCCACAAUACAUGCUCGGCUUUGAAGAGCCCGAUUGUGCAGCUGGCGGAGGUUCUGCUGGCAUGUCUGUCUCUGAGGGCGUAUCCAAAUGGGAGCAAUAUAUUGCUCCCUUCAAGGCCAAGGGCACUAAGCUCGGCAGCCCUUCCAUGUGCCACCAAGCUGCUGAGACUUGGUUGAAGCAAUUCUCCAAGCAGAUCUCCACUGACUGGGACUUCACUAACAUCCACGUCAACAAGAAUAACAUGGCUGGUGUCCGCGCUGACCUGGAUCACUAUGCUUCGUACGGCAAGCCCAUCUGGGUUUCCGAGUUCGCCUGCGUUGAUGACUCUACUGGCUUUGAGCCUUGCACGGACCAGGGUCAAAUCAACAAGUUCAUCAGCGACAUUGUUGACCUCUUCGAGUCGGACGGCCGUGUCGCUGCUUACGCCUACAGCAACGGUAUGGGCCUUGGAAACGUCUGGCCCAUGACGACUAGUUCGGGUGCCCUCUCCGCGUCCGGCAAGGCUUACUUGGCUGCCAUCUCCAAGUACCACUAG